UUGACAUUUCUUUUCACGGCACGGCGCGUAUCGCGCAUGAAAUACUUUUACAGUACUUACAUACCUAUUUUCCUAUUUAUUUCAUUAUCUGUGAGCCGAUAUCGCUCCAACGUUAAUUAAAUUAAAGCAAAUCGUAAACUGCUUACCUGCAACCACGAAUUUCUUAAAACAUUUUACCACUAUGGUGCAGAAAGGGCCUCGUCCGUUGGUUCUGUGUGGUCCGUCGGGAUCGGGUAAGAGCACGCUGUUGAAGCGUCUUCUCAAAGAAUUCCCAGAUAAAUUCGGAUUCAGUGUAUCUCAUACCACAAGGGCUCCUCGCCCGGGGGAGGCCAACGGCGUACACUACCACUUCACUAACAAGAAAGAUAUGAUUGAGGCUGUGCAAAAGGGCGAAUUCAUCGAAACUGCAACCUUCAGUGGGAAUAUGUAUGGAACCAGCAAGCGUGCUGUGGAUGAUGUCCGGCGCACUGGCAAGAUAUGUGUCCUUGACAUUGAGAUUGAGGGUGUAAAGCAAGUGAAGAAGACGGAUUUAGAUCCUCUCCUGGUGUUUGUUAUGCCACCGUCCAUCGAAGAGCUGGAGAGACGUCUACGUGCACGCAACACAGAGAAUGAUGAAGCACUAAAGAAAAGGUUGACAACUGCACAACGAGAGAUUGAAUUUGGUCAGGAACCAGGCAACUUCCACAUUAUUAUCCUCAAUGACAACUUGGACAAGGCAUAUGCUGAGCUUCGGGAAUUUAUUUCCCAGAACAUCAAGGAAAAAGAUGAAGCAAAUACUCCAACUGAGGACAAGCAACAGUAAACAUCUGCAUGGUUUUGCUACUAGUGAAAGUUUGCUUCUAUUUCUAGAUACCUCAGGAGUUUCACCAGGCUUAUAAAAUAAGCUGGCAUUAAUAUGAAUUUGUAUAUAAGGUACAUACUGUUAAGUCGAUUCCUGAGGUAAAUAGAAAUAUUGCCAUUAGAUGUCGAUAUUUUUGGUGUUAGAAGUAGAUUCAUAAGAUUAAAAUUGGAUUUUAAAAUAUUCAGCGAAGAUAUUCAAGGCCCCAAAAUUAAAUACGCUGUCGUACACGUGACUACGAUGGGUGGUUUAGUGUAGUUUAGUUUACAUUACCAUGGAAAUUUUGCCCAUUUUGUUGUGAUUAGUUCAUUACAAUAUAUUUGUAAUUUUCACAUUAUUUCACCUUAUAGAAAAAUAAUUGUAAGUAGUAGUUUUCAACGAAAACUUUGGGUACUUAUUGCGAAUUUCGGUCUCUUGGCUCUCUUGCCAUAAAAAAGUAACUAAGUAAGACUUAUUACUUUUUAAAAUCAAGUAUUGAAUUCAAGAAAAAACUACCUCCAUAGUACUGUAAGUAUACAGUAUUGUUCAAAAAUCUUUAUAGGAAAAUUUUCGAAUAUAUUGAUGUUCUAUUAGGAAUGUUAGCGAGUUUUAAUGUUAGUGAAAUGUGCGCACGUUUUAAUAUUUUUGUUGAUUGUUAACUUAUGUAUUUAGGUACUUACUGUAAAGUUGGUAAGCUCAGAGCUGAGGGUGUAGCACGCUUAUUGUGACAAUUGCUGUACAAUCAAUGAGAAAAUAUUUUGAAAGGCAAACUAAGUUCAAUACUGUAUGCUAAAACCUGUCUUUGGUCAAGCUACACAGACAGUCGUGGUUUUGUAUAUUAAUUUUACCACAUUAAUUAAUGAAUGGAACACUAAACAAAUAUGUGAUCUAUAAUUUCAGUGCCUUUAUUUAUAACAAGCUCUAUGAUACAGUUAUUUAUUAUAUUAGUACAAAUAACUCACCACAUUCAUAAUAUUGUUACAUAUUUUAUAAUUUUUUUCCGGAUACCCAUGUAAGUACCUGCCCUCUACAGCAAUUGUAGUACCCAAUAAUAAUAAUUUUGCAUUGUAAGAAGCUAUAGUUGAAAGUUAUAUAAUGAAUCUCCAUAUAGUUGUAAAUAAUACAGAAUUUAUAUGUAUCAGCAUUUAUUCAUAGAGCAUUUACACAUUACAUUAGAAAAAUACUUAGGUUAGUUGUGUACAUUCCAUUUAUAGAGAUAUAUUUUCUGAUAUCCACAUAAAAGUGCCAAAAGUUACUUGAAGUUCUGUUAUUAACCAUUAUAAUGUAAUAAAUGAAAUAGUAAAUAAGUUGUAUUUAGUGCCCAUACACAUCAGAAUUUGUAGUUCUCACUUAUGAAAUGUAAUAAUCUAGUAAAAGUUGAUCAGAUAGAUAAAUACUCUUCAUGUUAGUAUUACAUAGGUGCUUAGCAGAGGCUGCAUAGAAAUCUGGUGUAUGAUGGGUGCAUCACAUUUAUAACUAUAACAGUAAAAUAUUGUGUUGUGUUUUGUUUAUUAAAGCUGUUCAGCUAAUUUAAUACUCUUAAGUCAGAGUGUCAUAUUUGACAACAUGAAUAACAGUAGUUUCAUGUUCAUGAGCGCCGGCAGGAUUACUUUCAGUAAAUUUGUGCAAUAAAUCUUUGUAAUUAUUAAUUAGGUAUUUUUCAUCCAUUUACAUCUUGCCAAUAGAAUUUUAGUUCUUAAUUAUGUUUUCUGAGUAUUUUCUUUUCUGGCAGGGUGUGCAAGUUCACUCUUGUAUCUUCCUUCCGGUGCUUAUGCUCAUGUCUGAGACACGCAUAUAUUUGCAUGAAGGAUGUCUCAGGUGACUAACAUUAUUUAUUAUCUGUUUAGAAACAUGCAGGGAUAUAUAUUUAUUUCAAUGAAUGAAACUAUUUUUCUUUUUUUUAUUUUAGUUCUUCGGGGACUGUAAGGACAACUGUUUGGUGAAGAAAUCGAAAAUAACAUUUUAAUUAAUAUUAUUUCUGUGGAGCUUUUUAUAAUUCAUGAUCAUCCAUUUUGACGUUGGAUGCAUCACAAAUUCAAAACCAUUCCAUGAAAACUAAAGCAGUUGUGCAUAACUUAGUGUGUGUGAUCAUUUGCAUAAUAAUUUUAAAAAUAUAUAUUUGCUAGAUAAUGCAAAUUAUUAUGGCUAGAUAAAUCUCUUAAGUCAGUAAAUUAUUGCCUAUUAUACUAACUGUGAAAGUAAAUAAAAUUAUUUAAUUGUAA